UGCCCUUUGCACUUUCCAAUUUAGAAAACUCCAAAUCCAAAUCCAAAUCAGAAAUCAAUGGCAGGAGCAACACCAUUUGCCCUAAGACUCAACUGAGAAAGGGAGAGAGGCACGGGCGCAUUAGCAUUUCCUCUUUGAUUUUAUUUUGCUGGUGAAAAAUGGAUCCAUGCCCAUUUGUGCGGGUCAUGGUGGGCAAUCUCGCUCUCAAGAUCCCCGUCGCCUCCAAGCCCGCUCGCUCCGUCGUUCACCCUUCCUCCUCCCCAUGCUUCUGCAAGAUCAAGCUCAACAUCCUCAACCUCCCCCCUCAAAACGCCGUCGUCCCCUGCCUCCCUCCAGACACCCAAACCCUCGACAACCCCGCCACCGCCGCCACCUUCCACCUCAGCAAGUCCGAUCUGGACCGCCUCGCCUCCAAGUCCAUUUUCGCAUCCAGGCUCUGCCUCAAAAUCUCCAUAUACACCGGCCGAAGGGGCACCACUUGCGGCGUCAACUCCGGGAGGCUUUUGGGCCGGGUCUCCGUGCCGUUGGAUCUGGCGGGAACGGAGUCCAAGCCCAGCGUUUUCCACAACGGAUGGGUCUCCGUGGGGAAAGGCCCCAACAAGGGUGGGUCGGCGGCCCAGACCCAGUUCCAUUUGAAUGUGAAGGCCGAACCCGACCCGAGAUUUGUUUUUCAGUUCGACGGCGAACCUGAGUGCAGCCCGCAAGUGUUUCAGAUCCGAGGCAACAUCCGGCAGCCAGUCUUCACCUGCAAGUUCAGCUUCCGAACCUCCGCCGACCGCACUCAGAGAUCCAGGUCUUUACAGUCGGAACAAGGCAGCUCUCGAAGCUGGCUGAGCUCGUUCGGGAGCGAACGAGAGCGACCCGGGAAGGAACGAAAGGGCUGGUCCAUAACGGUCCACGACCUCUCCGGGUCGCCUGUCGCUGCGGCCUCGAUGGUCACGCCCUUUGUGGCCUCGCCCGGGUCGGACCGCGUCAGCCGCUCCAACCCUGGCUCCUGGCUCAUUCUCCGGCCCGGCGACAACACCUGGAAGCCCUGGGGCCGUCUCGAGGCCUGGCGCGAACGAGGUGGCGCUGACGGCCUGGGAUACCGAUUUGAACUCAUCCCCGACACCAGCGGCGCCGGCAUUGUGUUGGCCGAGUCCACAAUCAGCUUAAACAAGGGCGGCAAAUUCGUCCUGGAUCUCGGGUCAGGGUCCAGUAACCGACUCGGCCCAAAUUCUCCGGGGUGUAGCCCGAGGGGGAGCGGGGACUUCGGGUACGGGUUGUGGCCUUACAGCAUGUACAGAGGGUUCGUGAUGUCGGCGAAGGUGGAGGGGGAAGGGAGGUGCAGCAAACCGGCGGUGGAGGUGAGCGUGCAGCACGUGAACUGCACGGAGGACGCAGCGGCUUUCGUGGCGUUGGCCGCAGCCGUUGAUCUGAGCAUGGACGCUUGCAGGCUUUUCUCGCAGCGGCUGAGGAAGGAGCUGUGUCAGCAGUCGGAUCUGGUCGGCUGACUCGGAUAGGGCCACGUCGCCUUUUUAUGGGGUUUUGGACCUUUUCUUGUAAUUUUGGAGGGAGUGGAGUUUGGUGGAAGAUUUGAUUUUUAUUAGUACUACUAACAAACGGACUGAUGAGAGAGAAUGUGUAGGUGUAUAUAGUGAGAGAGGUAGACAGGGCACGCUUUGUUUUUAAUCGUGUGGCUUGUGUUUAAUUUUUCCUUUUAGUUUUUUAAAUGGAGGGUUUGAUUUGGCUGUAAUUUUUGUUUUUUUUUUAUUUGAAGAUAUUGUAGUUACUGACUUCGAAAAAAAAAUAUUUGAUGUUAGUUUAGUUUUGGAUUAAUGAAAUAGUUGGAGUGUUGGAUCCGCCUUGUGAUCUAA